AUUGAAAAUGGAACCAAUAUCACUCUUCCAUGCACAUAUGGAUGGGUCUACCAUGGGGAAUUUGAGUCAACUAUUAUAACUGAGGUGUGAUUAAAUAUUUUGUUUUUUAAAUGAGAAUAAUAAAUACUCUUUUGGUUGUCAAUAAGAUAUUUUAAUUGAGCAGUUUAUAAACUGCUGGGUGCUGUCCGUGGCUAGACAGGGGUAGAUAGUACUUGGGUGGGUAAGGUCAAGCUUUUCACCAAUUGUUGUUUUUAAAUGUAUUUGUUUCUGUAAUUGCUAAUUUUUAUGUGAAGCACGGUGAACUUAGCCCUAGCUGGGGUACUGCGCCAAAUAAAACCACCUAAUAAUAAUAAUAAUAAACAUUGGUAAAAUCUCUUUGAUUUAAAUUUGAUUAAUUAAGGGAGGAGGGUGACCUUGUGUGGGUUUUUAGUUUCACCUGUCUUAUUUUGUCUACAAAAUAUAUGCCAUUAAUCAUUAAAUUUAAAUUGACACAAACACAUUGCAAAAUAAAAUAAUUUUCCUCAUAACAAUUAUUUUUAUCAACAGUGGGACUUGGUAUGUGUUAGAGCCUACCUCUCAGAGCUGUCAACAACACUUUAUUUAGUAGGAUCCAUGUGUGGAGCUUUAUUUAUCUCAGCUUUGUCAGACAAGUUUGGUCGCCGAUUGUUAGUCCUGAUUUGU